AUGAGCAGUAACACAAAGAGAAGAAAAGACGAACAACAACCAUACUACUCCUCUCAACAACAACAACCACAAAUGCAAAAUCCAUCAUAUAUGCAGACAGCAGAUAACAUGUUGGGACCACCAGAAAUAGGUCCCGACGAAAUCAUCACAGAGUCGAUCCUUGGUGACGGUAGUUUUGGUACUGUCUACAAAGGAAGAUGUAGACAAAAAGAUGUAGCUGUCAAGGUUAUGUUAAAACAAGUAGAUGAAAAGACUUUGAAAGAUUUCCGUAAGGAAGUUGCUAUCAUGAGCAAGAUCUUCCAUCCAAAUAUUGUACUUUUCUUGGGUGCCUGUACUUCUGUUCCAGGUAAACUUAUGAUUUGUACUGAAUUGAUGAGAGGUAAUCUCGAAACAUUAUUGAUGGAUCAUAACAUUAAGCUUCCACUCAUUACUCGUAUGAGAAUGUCCAAGGAUGCUGCUUUGGGUGUAUUAUGGUUACAUAGUUCAAAUCCAGUUUUCAUUCAUAGAGAUUUAAAGACAAGUAAUCUUUUAGUUGAUUCAAAUCUAACAUUAAAGGUUUGUGAUUUUGGUUUAUCACAAAUUAAACAAAGAGGUGAAAAUUUGAAAGAUGGUCAAGAUGGUGCUAAAGGUACACCAUUAUGGAUGGCACCAGAAGUACUUCAAGGUAAACUUUUCAAUGAAAAGGCAGAUGUUUAUAGUUUUGGAUUGGUAUUGUGGCAAAUUUAUACAAGAAAGGAGUUGUUCCCAGAGUUUGAUAACUUUUACAAGUUUGUAACGGCAAUCUGCGAAAAGCAGGUACGUCCACCCAUCCCCGACGACUGUCCCGCAGCACUCAAAGAGUUGAUCAAGAACUGUUGGGACCCAGCCCCAGAGGUGCGUCCAGGCUUCUCAGAGAUUGUGUCGUCGCUAGAGUCGAUCAUCAUCGACUGCAGCAUUCCCGAUGAAUACGGAGCCAUCAUGUGGAAGAACCACUUUAAGCACAUUGACGAUGCUCCAUGGAAAGACUUUGUCAAUGUAUUUGCCAACUUUGUCGGACUCACCAACCAAAACACCUCCACCAUGUACGAUUUACUCUGUUUCUCACCCAACCUCGUUGGCUCUACCAUCGAACUCAACUUUAAGUGCCUCAAGGCCAUCAUUGUCUCGCCACCAAAGGGUGUCGGACCGCAAGAGGAAGAGGUUGUCUCGAUGGAGCAGUUUGGAAAGGUCUUGGCUUGGUUUGGCAAUCUCCGUGACGACGGCUCGCAAAUCCUCGACAAGAUUCGCAACUUGAUGGAGUGUGCCUGGUUCCACGGUGACAUUUCCACCAGUGAGUCGGAAAAUCGUUUGCACAAGAAGCCAGAAGGUACCUUUUUGGUGCGUUUCUCGACCAGUGAGCCAGGUGCCUACACCAUCUCAAAGGUCUCCAAGAAUGGUGUCAUCUCGCAUCAACGUAUCCAUCGUCCAGGUGGUAAAUUCCAAGUCAACAACAGCAAAUACCUCUCUGUCAAGGAUUUGAUCGCCGGCGAGGCUCAAGCUCUUGGUAUCUCUACCCCUUGUUUAGGUUCUCGUUUCCUUUCUUUAAUUUAUAAAUCUCAAAUUUCUGGUUAUAUUAAUUAA